AUGCCGCAGAGCAUCUGGUACUCCAAGCUCGUCGAAUGCCUCAAAGACACGGCCAAACAAUUUGGACUACCGCUCAGCCGCAAGCGCACCAUUGGGGAACAAGAGCUAGUAGAAUCCAGAUGGUUUGACUUGGGAAGUGAAGAGAUUGAGCUGUUGGCAGUCGAACCACUGUACACACCUCAAGACCUCCUCGACUUCUUGCUUUCUCCAGCCUCCAGUGAAGAUGACAUUUGCUUCACUUCUGGAAACACAAGUCUCCUUGCCCAGGCGUCAGUAGCGCUGAAAACCAAAGAUAUCUGCGAACUGAGGGAAAUGCUGAAGACGCCGAGUUAUGAGGCUCCCUUGCCUCAGGACUUGGACAGCACUGAGUACGAGCUGUUUGCGCAACUGAUAUAUGACACGAGUGAUCAGUUUGCUGCAAGGGAAUUCCUGAAGCGAGGUUGCCCGCAUUGCAUGCGAAGGCUUUUCUGGGCACGGGUGCUGGGCAUUUCAUCGCCAGAAAAGGUUAACGCUGAGUUCGACGGCCUCAAGGAAAGAGUCAUACGGCACGAGCUACUGGUGGACCAAAUUAUUAUAAAGGACGUUCGUGACACUGUAAUGAACGACAUCGAGUACUUUGCCUUUGACGACAGUUGCUAUCAAGUAAUGCUGGCGUUCACAAGAGACUACCACAUCGCGAGAAGGAUAAGAGGCCACUCCCUAGGAACGGUUACAUUGAGAGCUGACUUGCCUUGCGGAGCCGUUCCAUACUACGGUUUCUCGUUACUCGUGGGCCCCUUGUGCUUUACAUACGCAGACGUCGGCAUCAUGUACGCUGUGUUUCGUGAAAUGUACUGUCGCUACUUCCACAAGUUAAUGGCAAUUUCAUCGGACCCCCAGGGCAUUGUAUCAUUGUUGCUGACCUUUGAGAGGUUGGUUGAGUACAGGGAACCCGAGUUCCUACCGGCGCUUGCCUCCAAGAAUGUCAGUUUGCAACCUAUCGUGUUCCAAAUGCUUAUGCAAUCAUUCUGCGCACACCUGCCAGUGGAAGAAGUCCUGAGAUUGUGGGACAGGGUUCUAGGCUACGACUCCGUCUACGUCCUUCCGGUUGCAGCUGCAAGCUUGGUAUGUUCCAAAAAGACAGAAAUUCUUGGCACAAAAGAUCAGUCCUCCCUAGAGGAUAUCUUUAACAAGCUCCAGCCCUGCGAUGUCAUUUCUACGCUGGACGAAUUCCUCAAGCCUCCCGAUUUGUGAAAUGAGGAAUAGAGCUUCACUGCCUAUGAUGACUA